AUGUCAUGACAAUCGGAUAGCUUGUCAGUAGGAUCCGGUUGUCAUGACAAUGACGUGAGGCCAGUAAACAAAGUCAACGUCAAAAGCAGAAAUAAUGAAAGGAUCGUAGCAUUUGGUAAGAUCUGUGCUACGAAGGCGGUCUUACAUUCCAAAGAUGAAUUCUUUCUUAAGUUUAUGCCUGUUCAUCGGUUUAUGUCCACUUUUUGUUUUGACAGUUGUUCCUCCGACUGGUCAGUGUGUGAAAGAUGCAUACCCACCACCUUUAAAGAAUAAAGUGCCAAUUUAUGCUAUAAAUUUGGAUUUGCCACCUGAAUUAAGAUGGAAUAAACUUAUAGCUGAUAAAAGAAAAGAGUUAAAUGCAACCAUAAAUGUAAUCAAGAAUCUAACAAAGUCUGUUUUUAAUGGAAAAUUCAUUUGGCUUGUGGACCAUGGUUUGCCUCUUAUUCUAAAAUCGUUACCUGAACCUUAUUCCACUGAAAUUGCUUCCAUAGCUAAAAUCUCUAAAAUUCCUAUAGGGGAAAUAAUUUUAUACAAUAUAUUCUACGAGAUUUUUACAUUUUGUACUUCUGUUAUUGUCCAAGAUAUAGAAGGAAAUUUAUAUCAUGGAAGAAAUUUAGAUUUUGGUAUUUUUAUGGGUUGGGAUGCUAAGAAUCAUACCUGGUUAAUAACUGAAGCUCUUCAACAGACUUUAGCACAGUUGGAAUUCUAUAAAGGAAAUAAAUUACUUUACAAAUCUGUAGGAUUUGCAGGUUAUGUUGGAGUAAUUACAGCAAUAAAACCAAAACAUUUUACUCUUACUGUCAAUGAACGCUUUAAACUAAAUGGAGGUUACAUAGGUAUUAUAGAGUGGAUUCUAGGUUUUCAUUCUAGUCAUUGGAUGGGAUUUCUAACUCGAGAUGUAAUGGAAAAGUCUCCUAAUUAUACAACUGCAAAGCAUAUUUUAGCAAGAACAGAACUAAUUGCUCCUGUUUAUUUUAUUUUGGGUGGAAAUAAAAAAGGCGAGGCUUGUAUAAUAACCAGAGAUAGAGGUACAAAUAAAGCAGAUAUAUUAACUAUGGGAAAUGGGUGGUAUGUGCUUCAAACAAAUUAUGAUCACUGGAAAAAUCCUCCAUUCUUUGAUGAUAGGAGGACUCCUGCAAUAAAAUGCCUUAAUAAAAUGACCCAAAAAAAUGCCUCAUUUGCUGGUAUAUUUAAUGUUCUUUCUACUCAACCAAAUUUAAAUAAACUUACUGCAUAUACUUCAUUAAUGGAAGCAAGAACAGGAAAAUUAGAAACAUAUUUGCAAUAUUGUGACGAUCCAUGUUGGCCUUGGUAGGACAAAGAAAUUAUAAUUGUAAUUUCAAAAAAUGAAAAUGAAAGUUGAUUUCCCAAAUAUAGUAAACAAUUAUUAUUACAGUAUUAUUAAGUUUAAAAUAACUGAUGUAAAAGUAAAUUA